AUGCCGGCGUCUUCAUCGCAACAUUUGGUGUUGUGUGUGCAACUGGCGCGUUUCCAAUUUUUCUUCGCGGUCAUCCAGCGACAUGGAGUCGCUGACAACGGCGCCGCUACAUGUAAGAGCAAUCGCCAGUUCAUGCCGUUGGCCACGCCUUCAGCUUCUGCCAUGCACUCAGCACCCGUCUCCCCCAUGGGAACAGUCCUUGCAAAAGAACGGCAGAGCAUCGCCACAUGGCGCCUCCUCCAGCUUGUCCCCGGACCCGUCCCUGUUCAGGCACGUGCAGGAGCCGCCAGUGCGGCGCCGAAUCCAGAACCUCUCACUCGACUGAGCCUCGAGGACAUCGUACACGGCGUCGGUGGGCGUCGCCGGGACAGGAUAGAUGGUGUGUCCAAUUUGUCCGCAGUAUGCCUGCGCGUCUUGCCAAAUGAGAGGGGUGGGUAUGACAACCACUGUGGACGUCUGGGCCAACGCUGUCGGCCAAAGCAGGAUCGCGUAGAGGCCGUACGAAGGUAG